CGGCGGACAGGCGGAAAACUCGGCACGCUUGUGCUCUUAUUCCGCAAUGUGACUGCAAAGUGUCGGCGGUGCGUGAACGCGACACAGCUCCUCCAAUAUCGCCUGCCAUCCACCGCGCCGCAAUGGCCUAGAUACGUUUACGCGCGUUUCGCUGCCGCACGCGCGUCGAUUCCUCUCCAAAGUCAAACACGCUCGCUCACACACCAUCGGCCAUGAUGUAAGCCAUGACGCGGAAGAUAUCUACUCAAAGCGCACAUUAGCCAAACACUCACGCCUGGAGUCAAAAAGAUGUACGGCCUACUGACAUUGGCGAUAAUCGCGAUUGCGAUGUCGCUUAUCUUCUACGCCUGUCACAAGUUCCACGUUUUCGUUGCGCUCACGGCCUGGAUCAAAUCAACGACCGAAGAGAAAGUCGGCCUAACAAAACUCGUAGGACACUUCAACGCCAACGGAUAUCUGGUACAUUCAGAUUCGGAUAUUUACAUUGGCACCAACGGUAGUUUCAAGCGGUUUGAAUCAUUUGAUAGAGAUAUAAAAAUCGCCACAACAAGUUUCGGCAGCGACGAGUGGUUCGAGAAUGAAGAACCGCAAAUUCCGCCGCAACCACUGCGUCCGGCGCCGGUCCCAACGAUAUCCUCCGCGGAUAUUAUCAGAGAGUCAUCUCUAGAAGAUAAGCAAAGUCCACCGCCAAUAUUAACAACCACUAUAAUAAGUAACAAUGAAUGCAUCGCGACUGAAACAUCAAUAAAACCUCUUCCUCGGCCGGUGUCUUCAAUGAAUGUAAACGCAAUGCAACAGUCGAACGCGCAGUUCAUCCAACCGCCCCCGGCUAUGCAAGGACGCGUUGCUGCUACGCACACUCUUCCUCUUCUUGAUAGCGAAGCGCCGCCACAAGAACUCAGCGUCAAUUUGACUGCCGAUUUGACAAUGAACGAAUGCAUCAAUGGCAGCAAUCUAAUUGCCACCAGAGGUGGAAAUCCAUUCGGAAUUAGAGGUACGAAUGGUACCCGAAGUAGAAGUGGCAGUGUCAGCGAGGACACGUGUAGGAAUGUGGCAACAAGCGCAAGUGGAAAUGGCGGCGUUGGGGCGGCAACAGGAGAUUACGUUGAGGUGAUAUCGGGCGUGCUCAAACGUGCCGUCUCCUGUGAGAGUGUCUGCUCGGAUACGUCUGUUGCGCUCGGCGAUCUCGAGGAGAACAACAUCACAGGAUAUCUUUGCAUUGGGCUUGAAUAUGACAGCGAACAGGGUGAAAUGAUAGCAAACGUUCUGGAAGCAAAAGACUUAAUAAACCCAAACUUUGCGAUAAAUGGCGCAACCAACACCGAUGAGCAGAUGGACACAUAUGUGAAAAUUUUUCUAUUGCCUGAUAAGAAUAUCAACGUACAGACAAAGAUCUAUCGGAAUUCAAAUAGUCCCAGUUAUCAGGAGCGCGUGAUUUUUACACUACAUCCUCGAGAUCAGAUGCAAACAGCGUUGUUGUUUCACAUUUACGCAACGGAUAUGAACUCACACACGCUCAUUGGUGAGGGUGAACUGAGUUUGGCUGAUGUCAGUCUUCGACAGCCUGUUACCACGUGGGUUACCUUAACGGAUACUAGCCAGGCUGGUACAGAGUUCGGAGAGUUGAUGUUCUCGUUGAGUUAUCUGCCCACGGCAGAACGACUCACCGUCGUUGUCGUCAAAGGUAGGAAGCUGAAGUUUCAGAGCGAUAAGGAGCAAGGAGAACCCUUCGUUAAGGCAUAUCUGCUGCAGUACGGCAAAAAAAUUCAUAAAAAGAAGACUUCAUCCAAGAAACCGGAAAAGAGUCCUAUUUUUAACGAAUCAAUGAUGUUUAAUAUUCCUGCGCAUAUGCUACAGACAAUCCAGAUACGUCUGACGGUAGCUGAGAUGCACCCGGAGGCGACAAAAGCACACUCCAUCGGUCAUGUCAUCGUCGGGGCGCAGGCGUCGGGACGUUCGCUAGCGCAUUGGAAUCAAAUGCUGCAGGCGUUGCGGCGCCCGGUCGCAAUGUGGCAUCCACUGCGAAAAUAAAAUCUUCCACGGCCACGCAACCCCCCACAUAACUUAGUAUAUAAGCAAGAACGUACAGUGCAUACAUUCCCUUCACGACCCCCUCAACUCUCUCACUAUUUCUACCCUUGUUACAACACACUCUACACGCAUGUACUCGUAGUUUAAACGUUUUCUAUCCGAACAAUUUACAAACACAUACAAGACACAGGGUGAUAACAAUAUACCAACAAAAUGUGUUAUUUUAUUAGAUACGUAGAGAUAAAUACUAAGUUGUUGUUUUGAAAAAAUGGUGAAUCGCCCUGUAUCAAAUGUUGCCAAAAUAACACUUUAGACACUUACCAAACAUGUUUCGUGACAAAAGUGUGUUUGCUUCCAUGAUUGUGAUAAAUGGCCUUUGAUCCUAACAAAAGAAUAUAUUAUUGACGACGAUGCAAAGAAAUAAGGAACAUAAUUGUACAUUUUGGCAAGUUUAUGAUUAUGUGGAAAGUUUAAAAUGUUGAAACCGAUUCUUGACUAAAAAAGCACACAAAGUAUGUUUCUAUUCGUUGUUGAAUGUUAAAUGUUGACUCUUUACAAAAUGCAGAAAAUGAAACAGGUUUCACACUUAUACUAUACUAAAAAAAAUUUAAUCCAACUGAUUUAUACAAUAUUUGCAACAAAUGAAAAACAUACAACCAAUUGUAUAAGAUGUUAUCAAUAAUUGAUAUUCAAAAUCAAAAAUCAAGCGACUGAUGAAUAAUAAUUGCUUGUAUGUUUUUGAUUUGGGGAAUUAUAUUGUACAAUGCCUAGAGACGAUAUUUUGACAAAUUUAUGGACAAUAAUACGUGAGUACGUCUAAUGUAACAUCCCUGAUUACAUCUUCACACUCUUGUUAUGAUCGUGAAAACCUUCAAAAUGGCAUUGUUUGUUUUCAUUGUUGUUAAAAUAUAAAAUAAGCAGAUUGUUUCAAAAGGUAGCAAAAAUCGUAGGCAAAAGAAUCUGUGAUUUGUCAUAUUUGUAUUUGUUAUGUUGCAAUUUGAUGGAAUGAUGGGUCCAUUUAAACAUAUUUGUAAAUAAGUAUGUAAAUAAGUGCGGCCAGUACAAAGUAGGAGUAGAAGCAGAUGUCAGUACUCAUAAAAACCUUAAAAUAUCAAAAUUAUUAUAAUUCUAGUAAUUAGAGCAAAAUUGAUAAACAAAUUAGGUUUUAUUGCAAGUUUGAGACAAUCUGCUAGAAGUAUUUGUUAUGUAUAUUCAGAUGAGAAAUAAAUUAAUUUUUAUGUACCCAAGACAUUUCGGUCUUUCAUAGGAAAUUAAAUUGUUCUGGUAUCCCGAUGUAACGCAUUCAAAGUAAAAAGAUAUAAUGGGAGCGAUGUGCAUAAUCAAUCCGAAUAAAAUGACAUGUUAUCUAAUCCCAAUAAGCAUUACAAUGUAAAAUAAACUAUCAAACAAU